UGCCAUCUGUCAGUGUCCAUCAGUGCCAGCUGUCAGUGCUCAUCAAUGCCACCCUGCCAGUGCCCAUCAGUGCCAUAUCAAUGCAAAAUAUUAAUGCCUAACAGUGCACAUCCAUGCCACAUAUCAGUGCUCAUCUGAGCUGCCUUUCAGUGUCACCUAUCAGUGCCAGUCAGUGCCACCUAUCAAUGCCAGUCAGUGCCACCUAUCAGUGCUGCCUAUCAGUGCCAGUCAGUGCCACUUAUCAGUGCUAGCCAGUGCCACCUAUCAGUUCCCGUCAUCAGUGCCACCUAACAGAGCCAGUCAGUGCAGCCUAUCAGUGCUAGUCAGUGCUGCCUAUAAG